CAGAUCCCUCGCUUCUUCGCCUUGAAAUUGUCUCACACCAGGUCUUCCUUUUCGUGGUUCGUUCCGUCUUUAUCAUCAUUGUGCUUCAGUAGUGGGGAAGAAUAAGGACUCUCAAGGCAUUAUUUCCACUUCUGAGAUUUUCUCCUCUGAAAGUGGGCAUGAGGCCCGAGAAAUGAAUGCUGAACCGAGCUUUGGUCCUUGUCCCUUAAAUCUACCCAUGUGCGGAUUGGUGCAUUGUAUUUGAGUGGUUUCGGAAAACCCAAGGCUUGAAUUGUCAGAGGAGAUCUCUCGUGUACAGGGUUCUCUCCUCUCGUUUCCUGGACAGCAGAAGACAAACGGAAACAAGUUAGGAAAGAAAUUUGAGGACCUCAACGACGAGUGUUUUGACAUGGAUCUAUACGAAGAAGCCUUACCAGGCCCAAGUGUGAGGGAUGAUUAUCGUUGCCUGAUUUAUGUGCGUGUGAGCCAUGUAACGAGCAGGGGCCCUUUCAGAUGCAAAUACUGGGAACGUGCAUUUGGCAGCCGUCCCAAUUGGAAGUGACGGAAUCAGUGACAUGAGUAACAAGUUUGCGUGACCAAUCAUUCGUUCAAAUCAACCAAGCCGAGGUGUGUAUUAUUUGGACUUUGGCCUGCCAUGUGAUGGAUGGUGCUGGUACUUCAAUGAACUCGUGACUUAGGUGGAUAACUCUCCCUCCCUCGUUGGAAGUGCCAAACUUGACAAAUUCAGUUGGGUGUGAGGCUGCCAAUCUGUGAUGGAGAAUUGUACCAUUACUAAAGUAAAUCCUGCCCAUCCAUUUAAUGACCGCUAAGGGUAACCUUUCCUGAUGAAAAAGGUGUUGCUGUUCCAGAAGAUGCUUAUUCUCUAAAUCCCCAAUCGAAAGUUUCCGAAGGUAUGCCUUGUCCACAAAUUGGACGUGGUUGUCUUGCAUUGGACCUUUCUCCAUACGUGAGUGAAGUGCCCACAAUACAGAUACAGCGAUAACGGCCAACGGAAGAAAUAUCGAUUGCCAAGGUUUUCUGUGCCCUUUGGGCCAUGAUUUCAAGGCAAGGUCGCCUCAGAUCGCUGCAAGCAAUAAUCAUUACAUGGCCAGCCUUUGAUUAGUCUGGCUUGGCAAGAAAAUGCACAAGAGAGCUAUUGUUGGGCCAACAUUUCGCCCUUGGCCUUCAGUUUGACCUUCGAAACGCGAGCAUAACAUGAGCGUUAGCUCCAAUUACUGUCAUAACUGAGCAACAAAUGGUGCGGAACUCGAUUCGUGGCUUUCUUUAGCGAUCAAACAUUGUCCUUUGAUCCUUCGAAAGAUACGAGUGGCGGCCAUUCGGAUACAGAUCUGUCAAAACCCAGCCCCCUUGUAAGUUUUGUGUUCAUUGAAAGUGUGCGAAGGACAGCUGAAUUGCAGUGACGUUCCACCAAAGAUCGAUAUCAAAUCAAGCAAGCCAGCCCUAGAGGCAAAAAAUCCCUGGCUUAUCCAGCCGUAUUCUUGGAAUACAGUGGUGGACUUUCGAAUGAUAGAAAUAGACAGUGAGUGACACAAAAGGAAGAAGAACAGGGAGGCGAAAACUUGUUGCAAAACUAUUCAGGAUUCCAUUUGGGACGAGAAUGAACGCAAGGUUGUUCAUUUCCCAAACGCAAUAGUGGACUAAGGCUGUCAGUGGGAAGGAAGCAAACUUUUCCAACACGAAUUCCCGCCCAUGGUCUGCUUUCUACUACUAUGGCAAGACUUCAUUAAUGUUCUGAGUCAAGUCCGUAGGUUAUUCAAAACCAACGCUGGGCCACACCCAUAGCAUGCUGGAAAGGCCCAAUUAUCCAGGGAGCCGGUUUUGAGAUCAUCAAUUCCCUUGAGUAAGAUCGUUCGGAAGAUGACCCAGGUUUCUCCCGCACUUUACUCUCAAGUCACAAUCAAAGAGAUGAUGGCGUCGGAGUUGACGCCAACCACUGGGCCCAGUUCCACUCUCUCCCACACGACCAAUACGUUCGUAGGGAGCAGUACUAGUGAGGAUGAUGAGAGCUCGACAAACACAGCCCUGUUCGUUCAACCGCAACGAAAUGGUCGCAAAACAGAAGGUAACGGACACUACAUUCCAGCCUUCCAAGACCACGAAGAAGACCGAACAAUUGUCAUUGAUUUGACAGAGGAGCGGCAAUAUGUGAGCCGAAACACACCAGACGAUCGGACUCCUUCGAAUGGAUCGGCAUUACAGGAGCGUCCUGCACAACAUGCCAUUGAAAAUGGCCUUUUUCCAGCAGAGAGGAGUCCGAGUCUCUCCGAUCUAGGUCCCCAUGAAGACGAUGGCGGUCGUUUUUUGAUUUCACGAAUGCUCAAUGGGCGCACUGAGUCCGUGCUUUUAUCUCCUGUGCACUCAAUUUCGGUGGCGUCCUUGAAUGAAAACGAAGACGAUUUUCAGGCUGUGAUAUCCGAGCAUGAUGAGUUAGUGGAUGCACGCACAAAGAGAGAAGACGGUGAGCCUGACAAAGAUGAUGGACACGAAAUGGGCCCGAGUAACGACUCAAAUGAUGAUAAUGUACAUGAGGGACCGGAAAGUCCUCAUUUGGUGCAUCAUGAGCAAGAACCACUUUCAAAGACCUUUCAACGCAUUCUCUCAUCCUCAUCAACGGUAGCCACAAGAGGAACCGCUUCCAUAGGUCCCGGCCUGCUCCAAUCUCGUCCCUCCAAAGAAUUGGGCGGAUAUGACGAAGAAGCCAAAGGAUUGAGUGAGGAUGAAAGGGAUCAAAGAGAGGAAAAACCUAAUGAACCAAAUGAGUUCCCAUUUCAAGCACUUUCUUUCGCAACCAAGUUGCCGGAAUUACCGAAUAUCAAACCAUCAAAUACUCAUCAAGAACCCAAGCCCAUUCUGAGACCCGCCAUGGGCAACAGUGCUUUUUCUCCUGUGACAACUCCUCCGUCAUUGGAUUCAAGUGGAGGUCGUUUAUUUCGACCCAAAGAGCUGAACACCCUCAGAGCAAUUCGUGGUGUGGGACCGGACGCCCAUUCUCGUAACGGUGACCUAAUUCCAAGUAUGACCUCAGAAUUGUCCACUAAUGUGCCAGCGCUUGCCCCUCCUCCUCCUCCUCCACUUCCACUAGGACUGAAUGCUAUUACAACAAGUGCUAGCAAUAGUAGUAGUAGUAGUAGUAAUGAGAAUAGUAAUCACUUGGUUCUGCAUAAUAAAGGUCGCAGUAGGAGCUUGAAGCGCGAUGGUCCCCUCAGUCUGUUUACUUACAACAGCAACGACCUGUCACUCGACUCCCCGUCGCUGAUUUCGGCCAAUGCGAACAGUCACUUCCAGAGCAUGAGUUCCUCAGGUCGACUCCGAAGCGGGUUCGUGGCUGCCAUGGGACGUGGAGGCAUUGAUGGAUCCUUGGAUCGAAGAUUGGCCAGCCAAAUACACAGGACAGUGACAAGGAAAUCUCAAAGUAAUGACUUUUUGGACCGAAUUGACGUUAGCCGUGGAACAACAUCAUCUUCCGAGCUUCGAGCGAGAGGGACUCGAGUCAAAGCCAAAAUGAACAAGAUCGAGAAGAAUCUCUAUUUGGGUAAUAUGGAAGCUGCCACUGAUGUGAUUCUCUUGGAGUCUCAUGGUAUCACGCACAUCAUUACGUUAGACUCUGUUCCACUGCCAAGGAAGAUCUCUUCGUUCCUGCCCAAGAUAAAGAAUUUGCAUAUUCAGGUUACUGAUCUGCCAGAUGAGGACAUUCUUUCGUUCAUUACGUCUGCUCUGGCUUUCAUUAAUGAGGGCAUAGCCAGCGGGGGAAAUGUCCUGGUCCAUUGUUUCCGAGGCAAGUCCAGGAGUGCCACAGUGGUGACAGCCUUCAUUAUGCAGAAGUACAAUCUCUCGUUCGAACAGGCCUUGGCACGGGUCAAAGCCAAACGAGACUGCGUGAAUCCUCAUCAAGGCUUCUUGGCCCAACUGAAACUGUAUGAAUCCAUGGAUUAUCACCUCGAUCCCAGCAAUGUUCAAUUCAAAAUGUUCAAACUGCGCUUGGCAUCCGAACGAAUGCGCAAGGCCAAAAUUCUGUUCAGGGACAGCCUUGAGAACGUGCUCGACGAAGACCCAGGGGAACGGGGUUCGGCCAGAGGUCAUUACUCCCAGUUGUAUAAGUGCAAAAAGUGCCGGAGGACACUAGCCACCUCGCAUAAUGUCAUUCCCCAUGUGAUAGGGGAGUCGCCCGAUUGGGCCAAUGGGAAAUGGAGUCUUCCAGCUGAAGAGGUAUUCGAGGGAGCAUCCGAUAUCGGAUUGGAACUUUGCUCACAAUCCGUGUUCAUCAACCCCAUCCGUUGGAUGCAAAGCGAGAUCAAGCAGAAUCUCUCCGGACGCUUAUACUGUCCGAACUGCCAGGCCAAGGUUGGACAAUACACUUGGAUCAAGGGUUGUCAGUGCUCGAGCUGUAAAGCAAUAUUGAUUCCUGCUUUCCAAUUGGACGUGACUGAGAUCAUCUUCAAAACAAAAAGUAGAUACUUACAAUCCAGUGGUCGAGAACCGGUUGUAGUGUAGCCUCGGCGAAGCCUUAAUAAAUUAAUCAACUAUGCUCGUUCUCUUGAUCGAGAUCAAUGCCCUCUACGUACUACAUACUACAAAUACUAUAUCAUCCAUCUAUUUUGAGACUAUUCAAUAAACCAAUCGAUUACA